UGCGGCCACUACUUCGACGUCCCGUGCCUUAUCAAUCUAGUCGAGGUCGCCACGCGCGACGAGUCUCUCUUCCCGCCAAGCUGUUGCCACCAGCGCAUCCUUGACCGCUCCUUCACCCGAUUCAUGCCUUCGGCGUUGAGAGACGUGUUCGCCGUGAAGGAUGUGGAAUUCAGCACUACAUGCCGCGUGUACUGUGCCAAGCCGUCCUGCAGCCGCUUCCUCGGCGCGCGCCGCAAGGACUCUUUCGCCCCCGUGUUGUCUUGUCCAUCCCCAGGCUGCGGGACCCAUACAUGCAGCCGCUGCAGGGGCGCUGUGCAUCCCGGCCGCGGGCACCGGUGCGAGCACGAUUCUGGGCAGAAAGCUGUGCUCGAACUCGCAAGCCAGAAGGGAUGGGCGCGCUGCCCUGCGUGCGACCAGAUGAUCGAGCUGCGUAGCGGGUGCUAUCAUAUGACGUGCGUGUGCGCGGUCCAGUUCUGCUACCUCUGCAAGUCGCUGUGGAAGACGUGCCACUGUCCCCGG